GCCGCCGCCGCCGCUGCCGCCGCCGCCGCCAUGGCGGAAGUUCACAGACGUCAGCAUGCUCCGGUUAAAGGAGAAGCCCCCGCGAAAUCCUCCACACACAGAGAUGAGGAGGAGCUGGGGAUGGCGCCGGCCGAAACGCUGACGGUGUUCCUGAAGCUGCUGGCCGCCGGCUUCUACGGCGUGAGCUCCUUCCUCAUCGUGGUGGUCAACAAGAGCGUGCUUACCAACUACAGAUUUCCGUCCUCGCUAUGUGUUGGACUUGGCCAGAUGGUGGCCACGGUAGCCGUUCUCUGGGUGGGAAAGGCACUCAGGGUAGUGAAGUUUCCCGACUUUGACAGAAAUGUACCUCGAAAGACGUUUCCACUACCUCUACUAUAUUUUGGGAACCAAAUCACGGGACUGUUCAGCACAAAGAAACUGAACUUGCCCAUGUUUACAGUUCUGAGACGGUUCUCCAUUCUGUUUACAAUGUUCGCUGAGGGAGCUCUACUCAAGAAGACUUUCUCUUGGGGUAUUAAGAUGACUGUAUUUGCAAUGAUUAUCGGAGCCUUUGUAGCUGCCAGCUCUGACUUGGCAUUUGAUCUGGAAGGAUAUGUUUUCAUCUUGAUCAAUGAUGUCCUGACAGCAGCAAAUGGCGCAUAUGUGAAACAGAAGUUAGAUUCGAAAGAGCUGGGAAAGUACGGUCUGCUCUAUUACAAUGCACUGUUCAUGAUCCUUCCCACCCUGGCCAUUGCCUAUUUCACAGGAGAUGCACAAAAGGCGAUGGAGUUUGAGGGCUGGACAGACACCCUGUUCCUUCUGCAGUUCACCCUCUCCUGUGUGAUGGGGUUUAUCUUGAUGUAUGCUACAGUGCUCUGCACGCAGUACAAUUCUGCUCUUACCACAACAAUAGUUGGCUGCAUUAAGAAUAUAUUAAUAACUUAUAUUGGAAUGUUCUUUGGUGGAGAUUAUAUUUUCACGUGGACAAAUUUUAUUGGCCUAAAUAUCAGUAUUGCUGGAAGCCUGGUGUACUCUUACAUCACUUUCACGGAGGAGCAGCUGAGCAAACAGUCAGAGACCAGUAACAAGCUGGACACCAAGGGGAAAGGAGCGGUAUGACCUGACGGCCCCCGCUCAUGUACCCUGAAGACACUGAGGCGUCCUGACUGGGGAGUAAUAUUCCUUUGCAAUUGUAUGACCCUAGGAUUGAUUGUUGCCUUUGAAAAUUUAUUGACUGUAUGUGAACUAUGUUUGAAUUAAUUUAUAUCAGACUGGAAAAUGUGCUGGGUGGGUUUAAUUUAUUUUUCUUCUCUCCGACAGUGAAGCAUCAAGUGUUUUGACAUGUGCCCUGUAGCUUACUAUCCAGGUGACCCUGGCAGGAUAUACAAUGUGCUCCAGCGAGAGCUGCCUUCCAGUGGGCUGUCUCCGGGGGCAGGUUAGCUGGGAAUGCAGCAGAGGAUCUGAACUUCUUUCUUUUUUAAUUGCAUUAUGUUCAUAGUAUCACUACGUUUGCCAAAGGUGACAAAUUUGGCACUAAAAACCCCACGAGGCUUUUGUGAAGUGUUUUACUUCCCUGGAUUGUGUGGGGUGAGCAGAGUGUGCCUUGGAAUGUCUGGUUCCUCUUUGUUCAGUAGGAGACAAGCAAGGGGUGGAGGAAGCCGGUUGUUACUCAGUUCUUCACUCACCAGGGGUGCAUUGCUCAUGCCUGUUGAGCACUGAACUGAGUGCGGGGAUGCAGAGACAAGCUGGUGGUAGCGAGAAAAGCUCGCUCCCGCCAUAGACUGAAUGUAAGAUGGAGAACGUGGUUCUCUGACCAGCUCGAAAACUGGGACUGUGCACCGGUCACUUCAGCCUCCAGAACUGCAGGCCUGUGACGUUAGAAGCACCGGCCCUGCCUACUCCCCAGAGAAUCCGGAGUCCCGGGGAGGCACUGAAGAGCUGUAGUCUAUAAUUUUUGUGCCUCAUUGGGGAAUAGGAGAGUUGUGAUAUUUUUUCCCCUCUAUUUAAAAAUUUUAUUUGUAGGCUCCACCUUGAAUAUAAAUUAUAUAUAAAAAAGCACAUUUGCAAGUUUUCUGCAGCCUUGUAUCCGGAAUCUGUGAGAGGUUUUGGUCAGUAAAGCUGAGGCGGGGUCUCCACAGAGUAUUAGUGGUUCUCUCUCUUGGUCGGCUCACGGGCACACCGAGGGCUCAGGCUGGGCCCCUUUGCUUUUUGUCUUGGGGCUCCUCUGGUGAGUGAAGGGUUCGUGACCAGCAUGUGGACACAUAAACAGGAUAUAGUCUGGCACUCACAAGUGUUCGGCCAGAGGUCUGACCUUAGCGGAAAGGACGCAGAUGAGAGAAUGCAGUGAUUUGUAGGCGAGGCCUCUGCCUGCACAGUUUUGGGGAGAUGCUCAUUUUAGGUCUACCCCAAAAGAACAGUGUUUCCAUUUCAGAGGACUUGGUCCUUGGGUCAUCUUCUAGCUCAGAUGAGCCAUGCAGCCCCCAGAACUGCCUCCCCUGAGCCCUCUCUUGUGGAUGCUCUUCUUCCCACCUGUGCGGUGCUGGUUGUGCCAUGAACAGGCUGUGUGGAGUUUCCCUUCCCUGGGGAGACAGUCUCAGUCCUCUUACCUUUUGAAAACACAAAACAAAAUGCUCUCCAUAUAACUACAGCCACUGUGAUUCUGCUUUUUAAGAAGAAAAGUAUUUUCAUAUUCUGAUGGCAAAUUUGAAAAAGCGAGAACUAUUUUCUAUCUCAGUGGGAGGUAGUUGCAUUUCAGAAUGGAGGUUCAGUGAAGACUCAGCUGUCACCCUAAGGUAGCUUCCAGGCCUUCCUCCCUCGCCUCAGAACUAAACACACUGGACUGCUUCCUCAACCUCGGGCAGCUGUCGGUGGUCCUUGUUGCCAUCACUCUUCCAAGCCUGCCGUCUAUUCUUCCUGUUCGCGUCUCACCUUGUGGAAUGAUGAGAGACUCUAGUGUUAUGUUUUUUAAACUUUAUUUUGAAAAUAUUUUUAAAGAAGAAAUCUACUGGUUAGAUUUUACUGUCUCACAGAAAUGUUUGUAGUAUUUGUUCACAGAUGCUCCCUUCUCGGGCUGAUGACUGACUCGCCCCCAGGUGCCCGCCUCUCACGUUUCUUCAGUACAGAUUUUAUUCACCAAUUUCCUUAGUGUUUUUAAAAGGUCCUGAGCAUUGAGGUAUGUCAAUCAGGUGACAUAAACAUGAAAAAAAAUCAUGUGCCUAAAUAUUUUUUUAAUGAUGUCAAAUAAAUACUUUUUCUGGAAAA